ACCUUUUCAACCACUACCGUAUCUCCAGAAAUCAUUCAUGGACUAACUCAUCUUAUUUCUUUCUAUAACUAUUGACUCGAUAACAGCAAAAUGGAUUUCGCAGCUUUAAUGUCCAAAGAAAUCGGCAAAGCCAAAGGCACCGACUCCCAGAAAGAGACAGAAAAACAAUCCAAACAACCAGCAAAGAAAUACACCCGUCGCGGCGAAGAAGAAGCAGCCCGAAUCGCCGCCUACAAUGAAGAACAAGAACGCCUCCGUCGCGAACGAGAAGAGCGCAUGUCACUAAAGCGCAAGGCCGACGACGAAGAAGCCGAACGGCGACGCGAACGAGAACAGAAGAAGCAGAAACUGGCAGAGGAGUCACGCAAAAAGAGGGAAGAGGAGGAAGCAGUUAAGGAACGAGAACGUAGGAAGAAGCUCGGUUUGCCAGAAUUACCACCGCCUGGUAGUGGAAGCGAAGAAGGGAUAUUGGGCGAGGGCGAGAAAGAGGGUGAUAUUCCUGAUGAAGAACUUGCGCAGAAAUUCCGCGAGCUGGAAGAACCGGUCUGUUUAUUUGGAGAAUCGCAUAACUCUCGUCUACGACGAUACCGCCGCCUAGUCCAGCGCGCGCUUACGCCAAAGCCGAAGCUGUCCAAUGGCCCGAUUCCUACGACGCUGGAGCCGGUUCCUGAGGUCGAAAUGAAGAUCUCCCAGACCAUUCCCAAAGAAAACGAGGGCCGGAAGUUCUUGUUCCGACAACUUGCGUCGUAUUUCAACAUGGUGCUUUCGGAGUGGGAGAUUGCUUUGGCGAAGCGGGAUCUGACUGUCAGACAAAGUCUCCAGGGUCGACAGGCGUACAAUGCUAUGGCGCAAUCGAGGGAUAACCUGAAGCCAUUGUUUAAAAAGCUGGAGAAGUUCGAUGUGGAUGAUAAAAUGUUGGAACCUAUUCUGGAGAUCGUCCACAAGGCUCAGCAAAGGAGAUACGUCGAUGCGAAUGAUGCUUAUUUGCGGUUGAGUAUUGGAAAGGCUGCAUGGCCCAUUGGUGUUACCAUGGUUGGUAUCCACGAGCGAUCAGCACGAGAGAAACUGCAUCAGAGCGACCAGCAAGCGCAUAUCCUCAGUGACGAGGUUACGCGCAAGUACCUACAGAGUAUCAAGCGAUGUUUGAGCUUUGCGCAGGUGCGGUGGCCGCCGGACGACCAGUUGCAAAUUAUGGGCUAGAUUUCGACAAGGAUUCAUUUGGACAAAUAUGUGAUUUCCCUGUAUACAAGUUGGUAUGCUAGCAAUGCUUCCAAAAUUGAUGUAGGCUAAGUUUUAUUCAAGGACAAUGUAUACGUUCCAGGAUUACAAGCACAG